UCUAGCAGAGGAAGAUCUUUUGAGAGAUUUAACGGUAGCAAGGUCAGGGCUGUGUGCUGAUCAUUUUCUGCUACUGUACUCCUGCGCAUACACGGUCUGGAUCAACUUUUCAGCCAUUGCAACGGCUCUUUUUUUGUUUUUUAAGUGAUAUAUUGUUGAAUGAAUGCAGGUGCAAUGAUGUGUGAGUGUAUCUAGGGUCUAGCUGGUACGUGGAAAGUGAGGAGAAAUGGAAGAAGGAGUGUUAAACAAGGAUUCUUCUCAAACUAUAGAGUUGAGGAAGGUGCCUCAAAAGUCUGAAACCAAGCGAUACAGUGAGAUCUUCAGGGAUUUUGAUAAUCUUGAUCUCUCCUUAAUCUCCUCAGAAGAUCUGCUAACAGACAGCGACUGCCAAUUCAUCUCUGAAUCCAGUGAAUCUGGAGACGGUGCAGAGAUCACAGAGCAAAAUGACGAACAUAUUGGUGCUGAGGCAGGUGAAGGCGAUGGAUGCCUAAGAGCCCAGGAAGCAGACUUGGCCCUCUUUCGCUGUGAGGAUGGAGUGGAGACGGCACUGCAGUAUGCCAAGAUGUGGUGCCGCUACGCCAAGGACCUUCUUGCCUGGAUGGAGAAGAGAAUCAGCUUGGAGCAAGAAUUUGCAAAAAAUGUGAUGAAGGCAGCAGAAGGAGCAAAGGUCAGCGUGACACAACAGGAAAUGAUGCCACUACAGUAUAUCUACACCAUGACUUUGGAACAAGAUAUAAAGAAUAGUUUGACCUCUAGAAGGACUUCAGAACUCCUGCAAAACCGGUGUUACCAGGCUUUGGCUGACAAGAGGACUGAGAUCGAUAAGUGGCGGAGAGAGUUUAAAGAUCAGUGGGCAAGGGCGCAAAGGAAGAUGAGUGAUGCAGUCACGGCUCUCAAAAAGGCCAAGCAUCAAUACUUCCAACGCUGUGAUGAACUGGAAAAGGCAAAAGCGGUCUCAGCGAAAGCGGUGGAUGACACAGUUGGAGUAAAAACACUCGACAAGAGAAGGAAGUCCAAGGAUGAAGCACAGUCAAAAGUAUUAGAGACAGAACUUCUCUACCGACAGUGUGUGAGUGACGCCAAGUUAACCCAAGAUGAAUUAGUGAAGUCCAAAGAAAGAAUCAUUACUCACACUCGCAAGCUCAUCUGUCAGGGAGACAAUUUGCUCAAAGAGGUCACAGUCAAUAUGUUCUACUACCAGCGGCAGCAAACAGAGCCCAUGCCUCUUGGGUAUCAAAACCUUGAGUUGACUUGCAGGACUGUGGAGCCUGGCGAACCCUAUCUGCUUUACAUCCUCAGCAGGCGUCGGCCUGAGCAAACUCUCCAAACGUUCAGCUUUCAAGACUACACUCCUCAGGGUAAAAGCAACAGAAGAAAACCCAGCAACAUUCUCAGCCCUCUGCAGGACUCAAUACCCACAAUUGAGGAUAGUCCUUAUAAACGAUCCAUCGAUGGCAGGAGAACGGGGCACAGUGACAGUGAGAGUAUGGGAGGCAGUUUGGAAUCCCUCUCAAGCCCUGCUCAUAGAAGACUGCCCAAAACAUUAUCUACUUUGACAGUGUCAUCGGAUGACCUGGAAGUAUCAGACAUGGUGUCAGAAUCAGACUAUGCUGAUGGCCAGUCUGUGAAAACACGAAUGUUUUCUCGAGCUGCGCUGACGCAUCGGCUCAAAAAAAUGAAGAGCAAGAUGGCUAAAUGCAAACAGUGUGAUAACUACAUUGUUGUCAGUGGGGUUGAAUGUGAGGAGUGUGGGCUGGCUUUCCACAGAAAGUGUAUGGAAGUGUGUCAACUAGAGUGUGAGCAGAAGAAAGGUACCGUAUUUGGAGUGGACCUCUCUGUGAUCUUACAAGACCGGCCGGAUGAGGUGCCAUUUGUUGUUCGAUGCUGCACAAAUGAGAUUGAAAGUCGUGCGCUUUCUGUUCAGGGGGUGUAUCGUGUGAGUGGAUCCAAACCUCGCAUUCAGAAGCUCUGCCAGACGUUUGAGACACAAAAGGACCAGGUUGACCUCUCUGAUCACUCGCCACAUGACAUCACAUCUAUCCUUAAGCACUUCUUCAAGGAGCUACCAGAGCCUCUAUUAACCUUUGACCUGUACAAUGAAUUCAUCGGGGCGGGAAAGACCAUUCAGCACCUGAGUGAAAAGGAAACCUCACCAGAACCCAACGAGAUAUUGGACAUUAUUCACAAACUACAAAAGCUACUGAAAAAGCUCCCUUCACAUUACUACUCAACUUUGCAGUACCUUAUUUCUCAUCUGCAAAGAGUUUCAGAGAACUAUGACAACAAGAUGUCACCUAGCAAUCUAGGUAUUGUGUUUGGACCGACAUUAUUGCGCCCUCUAGUGUCUACGGACAUGUCAAUGAUUGCCCUUCUGGAGACGAGCUACCAGGCGAUGCUUGUGGAGUUCCUCAUUGCACAUCACGACAGGAUUUUUGGAAUGGAGCAGAGCAUGAACACACCCCCUCCGCCAGCCCCCACAGCACCUCUCCCAGAAACCCCACCCAGAGCUUCCUGUCCCCUGGAUGGAGUCGAGGCAGACUUGCAACUUGACACUUCCCCCAAAGAGCGUCCACAGUCUCUAGAGAGCCGAGUUAUCAAGAGAGACUCGAGCGAGGGUUAUAUCUCUGACAAGUCUUCAUCCAAUGAGGCAGUGGACCAGCUCGGCCCUGAAGCCAAUGAGAGCGCAGUCCUGGCUAUGAAAGCAACAUCAAGCAAUCCUCAAGGCAAAGCUGCAGGAAAAUCUUCCUCAGAUUCAGGCACACAGCCACAUUAUCGUUUUACUAGACAGCCUGUGAAGCAUCACCGGUUUCAAAACCUAGGAACCCGAUUCUCUAACCCAGACUGUGCAACGAAACAGCCAGCGACUCCCAAAAGGGCAAAUUAUCGUAGUGCAAACAACAGCCGCAGCUCCUCUCCAGACCCUGGAUCGCAGAGAUUUCUGCAAAACUUAGAGGGCCACUGUGAUAUCAUUCAGCAACCCCACCAGGUCACCACUACAGCAGAGGGUACGGUCAAUGCUCCUCUGAGUCCCCGAGAGGUUGUGCAGUACAUGCUGGGAGUGGAUUCCACGGUAACAUCACCAGGAGCUGCAUUAUCAUCCAGUACAACAGAGAGGUCCACUCAAGAAAUGACAAGAUGGAGUCAAGCAGAUCACAAAGUAAAUGUGAACAGUGUUGGACAGAACCGCAUUCAUUAUCCGUGUCCGAGGACCAGCUCUGCUGAGCACAACAUGACCUCGCCAGCCCAGAAGAUCCUGUCUAGUUUGAAGCUGAGACGCAGCCACUCAGAGAAGGAGGAGCAGCUCUUUGUUUGAGGGAAAGGGACAUUUUUAGACAACAUAACGAUUUACAUACACUGAAAAACUGCAAUUAUUUUACACUGUGUGUAAAAAAAAAAACAGAAAAGAAAAGAAAAAAACAAAA